AUGGAGCUCGCAAUCGGACCACCCUCCAGAAUUGCUGCUGGAGUGCCGAUCGAGUCACCCAUCGUUGUGACAUUUGCUGCUGCCAAGCCGGAGAACUACAAGACGAAGGACGAGAGCGACGAUGAUUUCGAAGACGUUGAAGGGAUGAUGAUUGCUGACUUUGAUGGAGUCUGGGUGCUGGUCUCUCUUACGACACCACAGAUGGACCAGAGCUUGGCUCCGCCACGAACAGAUCUGCUGCGUGGUAGAACAGCGGACUCUAUACAUGCUAUCAGCCAGGAGCAGGAAGGGGACAUUCCUACACUUGCCUAUGCAACCUUUACGGACAUCGUCAUAACCGAGCCCGGGCGGUACCGAAUCAAGGUGUACAUCAUCGACAUGAAUAGAACUUUCAUGCAACAAGCGGACGGCGAACCCACAAUUCUACCUUGCCUGUAUUCGCCUGUGUUUGAGGUGCUGGAAGAGAGCGAACAGGACACUUGUGGUAAGACGAUCCACCUUUGUGUGAAGCAAGCUGAAGUCCACAGACACGAAAACACUGGAAAAGCUGGAAAAGUUGAGAUCGAUUGGAGUGAAAUGUUAGAUGGCGAGACGGAGGCUCUGAGAUGA